UCAAGUAACAAAAGCCAUGUUGCUUGCCCUGUUUCGUGGCAAACUGUUGAUGAGUCAGACUGUGUGGGCUAAUGCUGUGGAAUGCUGGUGUGAAUGUCUCCUCGAUCUGCAGUAUUUAGCAGAUUCAGACACCAACCUUGGUCGAGCAGUUGCUAAUCUUCCAGCUGACAUUUACGGAAGUAAUAGAAUAGAGGAAAAUUUUAAGAUUUUAAAGUUCCACCUCCAGUGCUUAUACUCAAAGGACAGAGAGAUAAGAGUCCAAGCGCUGUCACAUGUGGUUCACAGACUGGCAGCGGAAACAACAGUUUUUGUCCCGGAUCCACGCGCGUUCCACUUGAUGACCCACCAUGACUUAUUCAUUAACAGUCAGCCAAUCCAUCUACUUCUUAAAGGCAGAAUAUCAACAGAGACAGGAAGAUUGGCAAAGGUGGUGGAACUGGUGAUGAGUGCUGGUGAGAGUGAGGUGCGCAGAGCAGCAUGGUCACAACUGGCUUUCUUCCUAGAGGACCCUGCCCUCCACCAACCCUUCCUCCAGCUCUGCUCCAUCCAGUACAUUGUAAUGAACUUUGUAGGCAUGUUGAAGGUAAGCAGUGUAUAAGUAGACGGAGAGUAAUUUUUCUUAAACCAUCACUGAUUAGAUAUGGG